AUGUUUGUCGAGGCGCCGUGGCUUAGUUGGUUAAAGCGCCUGUCUAGUUCUAACUGGGGCCUAAACAAAGACCAUAGGAGACAGCUAUAUAAGACCGUAGCAGAAAGAAUGAUUCUCCAUGGCUCUGUGGAAUGGGCUGCCUCCCUCUCGGCAAGACAGAAACGAGUACUAAACUCGAUACAACGUAAUUUCCUGCUAAACAUCAGCAGAGCAUAUUUUACAAACCCAUCUGCUGCACUUCAGGUAAUAGAAGGCUCUCUUCCCCUCCACUUGAAAGCAGAAUUAGAAGCGGCCUAUGUCAGGCUAAAACAACAAAUUUCUCUAGACGGAAGAGGCUUCCCACCAGCGGACUACGAGGAGAAGCCAGCCACAACAAGGUUACACCCGGCAGCCUUCCAACUGGAAGACAGGAUCUCCUUCACGAAAACCGUCUCGCAGGAGGAAGAAACAAACAUAUACACAGAUGGCUCCCACCUCAAUAACCAGACGGGAUGCGCAUUCUGUGUAAUUAAGAAUGAAGAAAUAACAUCAGACUGGAUGGGGAAGCUAAGAAAUGAAAACUCCGUUUUCCAGGCAGAGCUCACGGCCAUUAAAGAAGCCUGCCACUGGGCCAUUAACCAAGAUCUGCAGAUCAAAAUCUGGUCAGACAGCGAGUCGAGCCUACAUUCAAUACAAGCCAUAAACACUAAAAGCGCAAUAGCCCAAGAAAUACAAGAGGUCCUCCUUAACUCCACCAACAUCAGGCUCGGCUCGGUUAAAGCUCAUGCGGAUAACAAAGGAUAUGAGAUCGCAGACCAACUUGCGAAAAGAGCAACGACAGAAGGAAGCCAAAUCAAUAUCCAUCUUCCAAACAGUCAACUCAAAAAACAACUAAAGGCAGUAUUCCUCAAAAGGUGGCAGGAAGAGUGGGAUACAGGCGAAACGGGCAGAACAAGUUACAAGAUCCUCCCAAAGGUGAAAAGAACCCAAACUGGAUGGGAGAGGGAGGAGAUCAUGUUCGUAACAGGGCAUCGUCCCUUCCCCUCCUACCUCCACCGUUUUCAUCUUCGAGAAAGCCACAACUGCGGCUGUGGUCAAGAGGGCACCCCAUUCCACUACGCCACAAGCAGUCCACUAACAACGAGCUUCCAAUUCUACAAACCCUCAGCACUCCACGAGCCAGCCUGGUGA